UUUAGAAGUCAAGUAAAUAUGUCAAAAUCAUGUGAUGGUGAAAAUUUAUUUAAAUUUUUUCUUACAGCAAAAUCUAAAUAAUGGUCGAAGACACUGAAGAUUUAGAUAAAAUUUGCAAUACCUUAGAUAAACUUACUCUAGAUUCAUUAACUUUGAUGCAAGAACAAAUAGAGUUAAAGCUAAAUGCCGAAAAUGCUAUGAUUGGUGGUGAAACACAUUUGGCUAAAACCAGGUACAUUUUAGGGCAGAAUAGUGUAUCCAGUUUACAGCUACCAACAGAUAGCAGCACAGAAUUUAGUGCUUUAACUACAGUAAAUACCAGCAAAGAUGAACACGGCAUAAACCAGUUUGAUUUGGAAUCAAAUAAACCAGACAACGAAAAGUAUAUUAAUCCCAUCAAAUGGUUUGGAUAUCUCACACCGCAAAACCUUACUUUCGCUCAAAAUCUAUACAGACAAGCUUUACAAUGGAUCAUACAGGCGGCCAAUGUUCAAACUAGACUACAGGAAGUGUGCACAGAAAUCCAUCAUUUGAAGAAAAUAAAAAACGAAAUUAUGAAUAAAUAAUUUAUUAAAAGAACAACUUUUUAUUAGUUUUAGCUUAAUCAAUAUAUUUUUUUUUCUGUUUAUUUCUUUGUAUUAAAUGAUUUCUUAUUA